GCGGAGUACGGACCCUCUCUGAACCUGGGACUGAUGACAGGCGCCACCAUGACCCCCCUCCCGACCUGGAACUAGGUGUUCAUCAUCGAGGCGCUCUGGAACUCUGAGGAACCGGACCGUGGAUAGAGAGAUUCUCCUGGGUCUGAGGAACCGGACCGUGGAUAGAGAGGUUCUCCUGGGUCUGAGGGACCGGACCGUGGAUAGAGAGGUUCUCCUGGGUCUGAGGGACCGGACCGUGGACCUGCCGCGGCUGUGCGGCUCGUGCUCAGAGGGAUUUCCCUGCGGAUUCAGACCGGGGUCGGGCCGUGAUGGAGCAGAAGCAGCAGCGGGCUGAGAGCAGGACCGGGGCGCAGCCGUGGAGCGGCUGCAGGGAAGCGCGCGGCCCGGCACUGUGCGCGGCUCUCUGCGCGCUGAGUCUCGGCGCGUGCGUGCUGGUGUUGGUCCGGACCUCGGAGCUGCAGACCCGGGUGUCCAGCCUGGAGCAGCGGCAGCUCUCGGCCUGGAUGGGGUCGGUGGAGCAGGUGGAGGCCGCUGUCCUGGGCCGGCUGGAGCGGAUCCUGGAGGAGAAACUGGCGUCCAGACUGGUGAAGACGCGAGCGGCGAGGGACGUCCCCCCCGGCUGUCUCUGUCCCCCAGGACCUCCAGGUCCGCCCGGACGAGCCGGCUUCCCGGGAGCCCCAGGAGAGCCAGGACUGUCAAUCAUUGGACCAAGAGGACCUCCUGGACAACCUGGCACAAGAGGAUUUCCAGGAUUUCCAGGUCCAAUUGGACUGGAUGGCAAGCCUGGCCAGAGUGGACUGAAGGGAGACACCGGUCAGCGUGGUCCCAGAGGACUCCCCGGGGAACCUGGACCCAAAGGAGAGAAGGGCGUCUGCGGAGACUACGCUCACAGGAUGUUGCCCAUCACAUUGCGCAACAUGCCCUCAAUAAGCCCUCUAAUCCUAAAACGCCUGAAGCAGGGCGAGCCUGGAGCGCAGGGCCCCCCAGGACCUCCGGGGCCCCCGGGACCCCCAGGGGCCGCAGGCUUGGAUGGAAUCAGCGGCCCCCCGGGUAAGCCUGGGGAGCCGGGAAAACCAGGAAAAGACCCCCGGCUUCUGCCCGGACUGAAGGGUGAACCGGGAGCGCCGGGACACAAGGGCGAUCGAGGGGAUCCGGGCCUACCAGGACCUGAAGGAUCAAAGGGAAUUAAAGGAGACCAGGGCAUCAAGGGGGACAAGGGGGACAAGGGGGAGCCCGGCUCUGCAUCGCAUAGCAUUAAAGGAGAGCCAGGAUCUCCAGGACUGCCCGGCCUGCCAGGACCCAAGGGAGACAAGGGCCCCUACGGAGAGAAGGGCGACGCGGGCCCUGAAGGCCUGGCUGGACCCAGAGGUCCUCCAGGUCCAACCGGGGAGCCAGGAAAGGCUGAACUCCACAGCAAUGAAAAUGACAUCCGGAACGUUCCCCUGAUGGGUCCCCCGGGACUACCUGGACCUCCAGGGGCCCCCGGAACUCCAGGCUCCAAGGGUGAAGUGGGUCUGCCAGGACCACCAGGACUAGAUGGAGAAAAGGGGCCCAGGGGGAAGCCUGGAGAUCCUGGUCCUGCAGGCCCAGCUGGCCCCGAAGGUCCCAGAGGAGAAGGUGGUGUGAUGGGCUUCCCGGGACCCAAAGGAGACAAGGGAGACAUGGGUCCAUCCGGAUCACCUGGUUUAGAUGGGCCUACGGGUGAAAAGGGGGCUACAGGGUCCCCGGGCCCGAUCGGAUUACCCGGCACCAUGGGUCACAAAGGUGAACCAGGAGACGGAGGGAGGUCCGAGAUGAUCUACGGACCUCCGGGGCCUCCAGGACCUCCAGGACCAGUGGGUCCAGCAGGAUCUCAAGGACUCUCUGGGCCGAAGGGAGAGCCAGGAAUCGGCAUCCGGGGAGAGAAAGGCGCCACCGGCCAGAAGGGAGACAAAGGAGACAGAGGACAUCUUGGACUGCCUGGGGCUCAUGGGUUAGACGGCAGACCAGGUCCAGUGGGUCUCAUAGGACCAGCAGGUGUACCAGGACCAGCCGGACCAAAGGGGGAGAGAGGAGAGAAGGGGGACGCAGGACUGCCUGGACCAAUCGGACCACAAGGCAUCCCUGGUUUAGUAGGACCACAAGGACUCAAAGGGAAUCGGGGAGAGAGGGGCAAGAAGGGCAACAGGGGGGCCAAAGGGGAUAAGGGAGACCAAGGAGCGCCGGGAUUAGAUGCCCCCUGUCCGUUGGGAGACGACGGCUUACCUGUGCCAGGAUGUUGGAAUAAAGGCCAACAUCCCUUCCAGCUGGCCAGGAAGUAGUCUGCCUCCGCCGGCCUCCGCCGAGCCGCCGCCCGAGGAAACCUCCAGAGCUUUGCAGAGAUGUUUGUGUUUGAGCGGGCCCAGAGGGCGUCUCCGGACCGGACCGGACCGCCCCGGACCGCCCCGGACCGCCACCGUGGCCGGCCCGCUGUCUGGUCUGCGGCUCCAGAGAGCCGGAGCCUGAACUCCUGCUGCUCUGGACGGACGGAAACCCUCCUGAUGAUUCCUUCACUUCAUCCAACUCACCUGCAGCUAGAACACAUGUUCGA